UCCUUAUUAAAGGCUCGCACCACGUGACCCGGCAGUGACAGUCAGCUGUAUGUGUUUUGUAUUUGCCGGUACAAGGCGGGGGUUGCGCGCGCAGCUCCCGGAACCCGGGCAACACACAGCUACACACCGGCAGCAUGUCAGAGCACGGGGAAGAGACGGUGACCGGAGCCCAGGUGUCAUACAUUGGAAAAGAUUGUACAGAAAUUCCAGGAUUUCUUGCUUGCAAAUAUGGUAGUUUUGCGAAGAGGCUGGAUCUGAGCUUUAACUUAUUACAAUCUUUGGAUGGAUUGGAAGGUUUCCACUGUCUGGAAGAGCUAAUACUGGACAACAACCAGCUGGGAAAUCAUGUCUGCUUCCCUUUACUUCAAUUCUUACACACUUUGACUGCCAAUAAGAACCAGCUGACAGAGCUGGACUAUUUUCUGGACUCACUGUCUGCAUCUGCCCCAUCCUUGGAGUACCUUAGCCUGCUUGGCAACCAGGCCUGUCCCAACGAACUUGUUAGCACAGAAAAAGAUGAAGAUGACUAUCAGCGAUACAGGUACUUUGUGCUGAACAAACUUCCUAAUUUAAAGUUUCUGGAUACCAGGAAAGUGACAAACAAAGAGCGUGAAGUGGCAAGUUCCAGGGGAGCAUUCAUGAAAGUGGUGAAGCCCAAAGAAAACAAGCAAGAUUACUCAGGAUCUCCUAACAUGCCUUACACGCCCUUGCCACCAGUAUCCAGGGAUCCAGCGAAUCAUAGAGGAGUUGCAGGGAAAUGCCGCUACAUUUACUAUGGGAAACAUUCAGAAGGCAACAGAUUCAUACGUGAUGACCAGUUGUGACCAACUUCCUGAGCAUUAUUUACCAGAAAAGUGAUAAUUUUUCUAUUCCUAUUUACUCAUACAAUUGCCCAUUGAAAUGAUGAAUCAAGUGGAAUUCGGCAGAUGUAUCUAUUGUGGCUGGUGCAGUAACACUAUUGGCCAUGAUGUUCAGCUUGACCUUGUGUUGACAGCAAAUAAAACACUUUUUACAAGA